GGGUUAGAGGCCGCCGGGGAGGCUAGAACCCUGAGCGUGGUCGGUUGGAGAAAGCAUGUCCGUCCGGAGGCACAUUGGGAAGCCCGAGUAUCUGACGAAAAGGAUUCCCCAGAAUCCCAGGUACCAACAUGUCAAGUCGAGGCUGGACACAGGUAACAGUCUGACGAAGUACACGGAGAGGCUGGAGGAAAUGAAAAAGAAUUACAGAUACAAAAAAGAUGAGCUUUUCAAGAGACUUAAAGUGACGACCUUUGCCCAGCUGGUCAUCCAGGUUGCUUCCCUGUCUGACCAAACACUGGAAGUGACAGCUGAGGAGAUUCAAAGGCUAGAAGACAACGAUUCUGGCACCUCAGACCCUGACGUGGAAAACACAGUGAGGACCAAUGGAAAGGGGAGCCCCGGCGAGCAGUCUGCGAGCCCUGUCCAGGCCAUCAACAACAGCGGGGCCGGGGAUUCCAGCCGCUCCACGCUUCAGAGCGUCAUCAGCGGCGUUGGGGAGCUGGAUGUAGACAAAGCACCAGUGAAGAAAGCUGAGCCCAACCCCAAAGGCAAACCGUACCCCGACUGCCCCUUCCUGCUGCUGGACGUUCGGGAUAGAGACUCCUACCAGCAGGGACACGUUGUUGGAGCUCACAGCUACCCGAUCGCCACUCUGUCCAGAACAAUGAACCCGUACUCCAGUGACAUCCUCGAGUAUAAAAACGCCCACGGCAAAAUCAUCAUCCUGUACGACGACGACGAGAGGCUGGCCAGCCAGGCGGCCACCACCAUGUGCGAGCGGGGCUUCGAGAACCUCUUCAUGCUCUCCGGGGGUCUAAAAGUCUUGGCUCAGAAGUUCCCGGAAGGACUGGUCACCGGUUCCCUGCCAGCAUCCUGCCAACAGGCCCCUCCUCCUGGUUCUUCCCGGAAGCGAUCCAGCCCCAAAGUGCCCCCCUCACCAGCUGAGAAUAAAUGGAGAUUUACCCCAGAGGACUUAAAAAAGAUAGAAGGUUACCUGGAAGAGGAUCAUAACCCUGCGGAAAAUCCUAGCCGACUGAGCCACGCCAACUCCGCCGCCGCCAGAGACGCCAAGGGUGGAAGAGACUCCAAGACUCUGGCCACCGGCACCUCCAACUCCCGCUCCCUGAGCAGCGUCCCCUCACAGGGCAAGCCCUGGAAGUAAAGACUCCGCCUCUC